GACUCUUAUUAUGUCAAAUAUUUCCCCGACGUAUCCGUACGUGAUGACGCAAUCCGCCCACAGAACAAACCGACGCAUGAUCUGAGAAAAAGAAGCGCCGGCGAACAAGAGGACAUGGCUGUGAACGUACAUUCCACUUCAGUGACUAGCGACAAUCUGAGUCGCCAUGACAUGCUCGCGUGGAUCAAUGAGUCUCUACAGAUGAACUUUACCAAGAUCGAGCUUUUAUGUUCAGGUGCAGCCUACUGCCAGUUCAUGGACAUGCUGUUUCCAGGCUGCAUACCUUUGAAGAAAGUAAAAUUUGGUGCAAAGUUAGAGCAUGAAUACAUUCACAAUUUUAAGAUAUUGCAGGCCGCCUUCAAGAGGAUGGGUGUUGACAAAAUUAUCCCGGUUGACAAGUUGGUGAAGGGCAAAUUUCAAGACAAUUUUGAAUUUGUUCAGUGGUUUAAGAAGUUCUUUGAUGCUAACUAUGAUGGAAAGGACUAUGACCCAGUGGAAGCGCGACAGGGCCAGGACACCAUGCCUGCACCCAACCCCUCCAUGCCUGCCCUCAGCAAGCCCAGGAAGAUCAUGAAUGCAGUCCAUCAGUCUUCUUCUGUGAAGACUGCCACCCCAGCUGCUGCUGUAAUUGCGCCACAGAGAGCAGCGGUUGCAAAGGUGACACCCAAGAUGGUGCCUAGCUCUGCGCGGAGACCUGGUGCUGGCGGUGAUGACGAAAGGGCGGAGCUUAUUCAAGAGUUAAACAUCUUGAAGUCUACAAUCCAGGACAUGGAGAAGGAGCGGGACUUUUACUUUGGCAAACUGAGGAACAUUGAGCUGAUCUGUCAAGAGAAGGAUGGUGAAGGAGACCCCACCCUGCAGAGGAUUGUGGAUAUUCUCUAUGCCACAGACGAGGGGUUUGUCAUCCCAGACGCUGAGUCAGAGGACCAGGAGGAGUUCUAAUGCUCGUGAUUCGCUGCAGUUUUACCCUCCUCUCACCUUUUUCAUUCCUGUCCUCUCCACACAGUCACUACCCCGCCAUCCACGCAUCAUAUUACGCAUCUGGACUUUUCCCAAAACAAACUUCAUACUGAACCCCAUCGCAUCUGCUAAAGCAUGCACAGACACACUUAAUGUUGAAAGAACUGUUUUAAUGCCCUCAGACCUCUGGCUGCCACGAUACUCCAUGUUUCUCUCCGAGGAACAGUGCGUUUCCUGUCUGUAAUAUAUGAUCUAACAUUGCUUUCCCCUUUCAGCGACUUCAGACACCUGCAAAUGUAUUUAUCUUAUUUUAAAUGGCUCUGAAACACAUGUCUCGGACACAUUCUCUGUUGUGAUUGAUAGGUGGCGUCUCCCCCUCACUGCUGUGCUACAUAUCUGUGAUCACGUCUUAUUCAGAAUCGUACCGUACUGACACAAAACCCAGGGACGGAAUGAUAACCGUGCAUUAGUUCAUUUCAAAAAGCCUCUUUCUUCUUAGUUUCUAGUCAUUGGUACUUGCUUUAGCAUAAGGCAGGUAGCAGUCACCAGCGCUGCAGUCUAUCCUCAGUGACUGUGCCUUAUACAGACUGUCUGGAGUUCUCUCUUUGUUUUAUGGAUAUUGUGAAGCAGCGUUUUCGAGUCGACGCAUGUACUAACACUCAGUCGUGCGCUUUGGCCUACAGGAUGCUGAUGUACUGUGGCGCCACGGUUGCACGAGUUUAAAUAUUUUUAUUAUAAUUUUAUUGCUUUCCUUUUAAAUAAUUAUUUGUAUGAAGUUAGUAGCCACUACGUUGGUGGACUCAGCCAAAAUUUGGGUUACAAGACAAACACUGCCCAUUUUCUACCUGUUUUUACUGCCUUAUAUUUAAUGCGUUUUUCCGUCCUGUCAUUCGCAGGCAGAUGUUUGUAAUUCAAGUUAUUAAAGUUUUAAAUUGAAUUUUUUUUUUUUCUUUUAAUUAUUUUUGUUGAAGUAGUAGUAGUAGCAGCAGCAGAAUGUUUAUUUCAGGCAUAAAUCUUUAAAACACACAAGAUAAGAACAUUAAAUCUUUUGAGUUGUUUUCAAAUAGUGCACCCUUUCAAGAGCAUUCCCCACAAAAGCAUGUCAAGCUGAUGAUACAAAUGCAAAAACACUAAAAUAGCAACUAAAUAAGCUUUUAGAGGAACGUUUUACUUCUCGCUCCUGAAGUAACUGAAUUUGAUCUAUAGGAGCUAGCUUUUCAGGCAAUGCUUGCUCACUUCACUUGUCAUUUUUUGUCGAUUCAACACGAUUCGGACUUUAGAUCACUGUGCAAGCUCUGACUUUCAACGACGUGUAGCUUCAUUGUUUUCAUGUGCACUGGUCAUUCUCAAUCACUAUGAAUUUUGCUGUGUGUAGUUCUCAAUGUUGAAUUUUACAUCAUUAGCGCAUGCAAAAACCGGCAAUCAGAGUUGUUAUUGGUGCUAUACUUUGACCCUCAAAAACUUGCCUGUUUGUGCUAGAAAAGCCGUUUUGCUGGCUGUUUUGGUUCACUGGAUUAGAAAUAUUGCUGCGGUUGGGUGAAUAUAACAGUGCUGGGUCUGUUCUAAGUAGGAGACAAUAGGAAAUCAAGUGACACUCACAUUUCUGGGCUUACAUUGACAAAUAUCCCAUUGUAAUUUCACAUAAGCCGAACUGCUAAAUAUUGGCACAAGGUGGAUGCAAGUAAAAAUGUGGACGGAAGUAGUUUGGAAGCUGGUAAUAUCUGUUAAAGGCAGUGAUCGACCCUUCCUCCCUUUCUUUCAAUGCUCUGUGGCCUUUAAGAACAAUCUGUAGCGAAGGUACUCCGUACACCACGAGCAAACUGUCUCUCUCCCUGUUUUUGUACUUUCAGGCUGUUAAGAGAUCCACAUUUUUAACUGAAGUCCAUUUCUUACAAUAAAACCGUAUUUACAUGUC